ACUGAAUGCAACAUUGACGAUUAUGGGAAAGCAUGGUUUAGGAUUGUGUGAGGAGUCCAUGUGGAGGACACCGUAGAGAAUGUGUUGAUUUAAUUUAAGAACACUGGGUUGUGGAGGAGAAUAAAAGUCGAUUGGCCGAGACUCGCCUCACACUCCAGCCCAAUGGGUGGCAGUAACCCGCCAACCAGACACCGAAGAAGACAACUUGUUGCUUCAACUUGUUUGACCGGUGAAGCGAAUAGACCGCGAGUCUGUGUGCAGGGGUUGUGGUAUGUGUUUGCAUGUGUGUAUGCAUGUGAAAUGACCAUGAAACGAGAGCUUGCAUCCUUUAUCGCUGAACGAUUGACAGUCGCGGCUGUUGAAAUCAUUGGAGCGGUGGCUAAAACAAUAUCCGAAUAUAAAGAAGAGACGGAACGUUUGAAGAAUGAAAAUACACGCCUUCUCUCACUGUUGAAAGGAGGCCAAAUCAAAUCUGAGCUAGAUGCAAUAGUCACCGAAGUGGCGGUUGAACCCGCUCAGCCUGACCCAAAGAUCCGCACAACUGAAGAUGAAGGACCGUUUCGGCAGCAGGAUUCAGACAACAACAACAUCAUACUGAUUCCCAUUGGCGAACCCUCUGAAAGUGCGCACUUCAAAGAGGACCCACCUCAACCAUCACGGUCCUGCUUCUAUCAGGUCAUAAACAUCCAAGACGGUACUCUGUUGGACUCUCAACUCAAGACUUCCGCCGUUUGCGGUGACCGUGAUGAAAGCGAAGGCGGGGACAUCGCUGGAGGACUGCAGUCUAUCUUGAGGCAUCUCGGCUCAAACGGCACAGAGAAAAGGGAGACGCAGCACACCUGUAUCUGUACCAAGGAUAAGGAGAGCGAGCAGACACUGGAGGAGAUGGACGUGCAGACAGAAGAGCAGAGGCGUACAGAGGCAUUUUGUAAGGAUUGCAAUCUCAAAGAUGACUCGAAAGAUGCCACCAAGCAAGUCGAAGCAAGGGAACUUUCCAACGGUUCAUAUCGGUGCACAGAAUGUGGCAAAUCCUUUCCCAACAAUGACAAAUUCACCAUUCACAUGAGCAUGCACACAGAGGAGAAACCAUUUCCUUGCACAGAAUGUGGUAAAUGCUUCCAAACCAGAGGUUGUCUGACAGUUCACAAGAAGAUCCAUACAGGGGAGAAGCUGUUUCAGUGUGAGAAAUGUGAUAAGUGUUUCAAUAGGAAAGAUCAUCUGGUAUCUCAUUUUAAAGUCCACCAAAGGGAGAACACAUAUUUCUGCACAGAAUGUGGUAAAAGCUUCAAAUUCAAAGGUAGACUUACAAGUCACAUGAAGAUCCACACAGGGGAGAAACCAUUUCCGUGUAAGGAAUGUGAUAAGUGUUUCAAUAGGAAAGAGCAUCUGGUGUAUCAUUCAAAAGUUCACCUAAGGGGGAAAAAACUUUUCGGCACAGAUUGUGGUUAAAUGCGGGAAGAUCAUCUGUAGUCUCAAAUGACGAACAACACUAAAGGAAACCAAAUUGGUUUCAGUUAGGCCUAUGGAGAAAGGGAGUCUCCCUGUACUAAGCAACCUUGAUUGUCUAAUUCUUCAGAUGGUGAGUGUGUUCUGGGGUAAUAAUGUGCACAGUGAGAUGGGAAGCUCCCUAAAAACCUACAGAAAGUUCAUAUUAAGUUAAUGACUUAUCCCAGGGACACACUUUGUUUGGACACACAUUUGGAAAAUUAAGAGAAGCUUUGCUUACAUUUAAUGUUAACGGUUGAAAUUUUGGGUUAAGAACUUGGCAAAGAGAAUUUUUGGGCAAUUGACUUUAUUUAGCUAUUUUUUGUAUUGACAACUCAACCACUUGACAAGCACAACAUUACAUGCAAAUACAAAUGCAGAAAGUCAAGAGUGAACUUUUUUUUUUUUUACCCUGCUACUAAAAUGUUAUAGUGUUUCUUUAGUUGUCUGAUACUCUGUUGCAAUCUUGGUAUGUAAGAUCACUGUUGUUGCAAUCUUGGUAUGUAAGAUCACUGUUGUCAUAUGUUCCCUCAUUCAUAAAAAGUUGCGUUGUGGAAUUUAAA